GUACCCCCUUUGAGAACACGCAGUGCCGCCCCUGCCCCCGCGGCUUCUUCUCUUCCUCCAACUCCAGCACCAAGCCGUGCCAGCCACACCAGGAGUGUGAGCCACAGGGGAAGGUGACCAAUGUCCAGGGCAACCAGUACCACGACACCCUCUGCACCUCCUGCAAACUGGGGAGAAGCAACAGCACGCAGGGACCAGCUGUAGGAGAUGAUGACUGUGAGCAAGCCAUGAUAGACUUUGUGGUGUACCAGAACAUCCCCAUCAGAAAGCUGAAGCGCCUGCAGCAAAUCCUGGAGCGUUCACCGAGGAAGCAGGCGCUGGGGACCAGGGCAGCCAUCCAGGAGAAGUUCAGGGCUUUCCUCACCCACCUCAAAGAAGGGCACUACGAGGUCACCAAGGAGCUGCUGGACGCGCUGCGAGCUGCCAAGCUGCACUCCAUCGAGGAGAAGGUCCGCGAGCGUUUCCUCUCGUACUGA